AUGGAAUCCCAGAUUCACACUCGUGCUAAAGGGGCACUGUACGGUGUUCUUGUCGGGGACGCGCUCGGAGGACCAGUGCAAUUCAUGAGAAGAGGAACGUUCAAGCCGAUCCAAGAGUUGCAAUUCGUCAAGCCAUUCCAGAAGCCAAAAGGUUCUUGGUCGGAUGACGGGUCCUUGACCCUUUGUCUUGCCAAAUCGCUCUCGGAGUGUAACAUGACUUUCUCAGCGGCCGACUGUGUGGCAAAGAUGGUGGCUUGGCAUAGUGAUGGCUACAUGUCAUCGUCGAGCCGUGCCUGGGAUGAAGGGCAAUCCACGAGAACGAGUCUCGCGAUAUGGAGGUCGGUCUUACGAGGACUAUCUCAGGACAACAUUGAGCCCGGUCCCUCAGACAUGAAGUCUGGUCAGGAACUCGUUGACCAAGUGCUCAAGUACGAGCAGUUCAGCGGCAAUGGUAGCUUGAUGAGAGUCGUCCCGGUUGGCCUCGCGCUCUGGCAAGACAAGGACCUGGCUUUGACUGUAGCCGGGGCCCAGAGCAAUUUGACACACCCCUCGCCAAUAUGUGCUGAAUGCUGCGCUAUAUAUACCUCCUUGGUUGUUGCAGCUAUGAAGGGGGCAACGAAGGAUGGUCUUCUCCAAGAUUUAAUGGAGCAAGAUAUCAAGAACAAACACCUUCGUGAGAGACUCGGUCAGUACAAAUCGAUACAAGAUUGGAAGACAAAGUCGGCGGACACGAUCAAGAGUACUGGAUAUGUUCUCGACACCCUAGAGGUCGCCCUCUGGGCAAUGUUCAAACACGAUAGCUGGGUUUCGGGAGCCCUCGAGGUGGUGAAUCUUGGUGGUGAUUCGGAUACGGCCGGUGCUAUUUACGGAGGUCUUGCGGGUGCAUAUUACGGCGUUGAGGAGGUUCCAUGGAGAACCGAACUACAGAAGCAGUACUUGGUUGAUAGCGUCAUCGAAGAGUUUUCAAAUAAACUUCUGGAGGAGCCAAGAAACUGACUUUUCGGAGCGGUGGGAGUGGAAAUCUAUUUACGGUUUGAGACUGCGUUCGGAUACUCCUUCGAACGACUGCAAGGCCUGAGCAAACAGCUCAGGAGGUCGGCAAGAUAAUCUAUCCGGUCCAGGGCCAUACGCAAAUUUACAAAUUCAGUCUCUUCGGCACUCGUG